AUGAGUUCCACUGAGGAAGCUACAACAACAACUAAGAAGGGUGGAAGGGGCAAGCCCAAGACCACAAAGUCUGUUUCUCGCUCCUCCAAAGCCGGUCUCCAGUUCCCUGUUGGUCGCGUAGCUCGUUACCUCAAAGCCGGUCGCUAUGCACAGCGUGUGGGUUCCGGUUCCCCUGUAUACCUCUCUGCAGUUCUCGAAUAUCUUGCUGCCGAGGUUUUGGAGCUUGCGGGGAAUGCUGCCAGGGACAACAAGAAGACGAGAAUUGUCCCGAGGCACAUUCAACUUGCGGUGAGGAACGACGAGGAAUUGAGCAAGCUUAUGGGGUCUGUGACUAUUGCUAGCGGUGGGGUUCUGCCCAACAUUCAUCAGAACUUGUUGCCCAAGAAGGCGGGCAAAGGGAAAUCCGAAAUAGGUUCUGCUAGUCAGGAGUUUUAA